AUGGCGACGAUUGGAACUCUCCAGCGCAUCAGUGCUGCCAAACUCUCCACCCUGCUGUUGGCAGACCAGGCUGCAAGCACUUCGUCUGUGGCCGUCGUAGAUGUUCGCGACGAUGACUACCUCGGCGGUCAUAUAAAAGGCUGCAUGAACAUGCCCUCCAGAAGUCUCGAUGCUACAAUGCCCACCCUCAUGCGCCGCCUCGAAGGCAAGAAGACGGUCGUAUUCCACUGCGCUCUAUCGCAGCAACGCGGACCCAGUGCUGCCCUUCGAUAUCUCCGAGAGCGCGAUCAGAAUCUCACCUCUAAGACCACUACUGACUCGGCGGAGGACUCGGCAUCUGCGGAGCCCCAGACAGUAUACGUUCUCGAUCGCGGAUUCGUCGGUUGGCAGGAAAAGUACGGCGAAGACGAACGAUUGACCGAGGGAUAUAGCAAGGAACUCUGGAAAGAUGGCUACUGGAUGUAA